CUUGUCCAUGAUCGAUACAUUGGAUUUAUCUCACAACCAAUUGGAUGGCACCAUACCUGAAACAUUUGGUCAUCUCAGAUUUCUUCGAUUUUUUAAUGUUGAAGGAAAUAACCUUGGAGGAGGGCUUCAUUUCUUGGGUGCUCUUUCUAAAUGCAUGAACCUUCAAGUACUAGACAUAGCAAUGAACUCUUUCAUGGGUAGCAUCCCCGAUGGCGUGGGGAAUUUUUCAAACAAAUUACAGAAAUUGUAUGCGCAUGACAAUCAAAUCUCUGGUAGCCUGCCAGCUAUGAUGGCAAAUAUAAGUGGUCUCAUCUCAAUAUUUCUCUCUGGUAACCAACUAAGCCAAACGAUUCCCUGGGAAAUCAUGCUAAUGGAGAAUCUCCAGAGCCUAAACCUCCAAAACAAUCUCAUGGUAGGGGUGAUCCCGACUGAAGUUGGCAUGCUAAGGAGUCUGGUUGAAUUGCAUUUGGACACUAACAAAUUCAUUGGACCAAUACCUGACGGAAUAGGUAAUCUCAGCAAUCUACAGAGAUUGACCCUAUCUCAAAACAACCUAUCUUCUUCCAUACCAAAUAGCUUGUGGCACCUUGAAAAUCUAAUCCACCUUAACUUGUCUCGUAACUCUCUAAGUGGUAUGCUACCAAUUGGCAUCGGCAGCGUGAAAGUAAUAGAUCAGGUAGAUCUGUCAACAAAUCAUCUAUCAGGGGCCAUUCCUACAUCUCUAGGUCAACUCCAAAUGCUAACCUACCUCAACCUUUCACAUAAUAUGUUUCAAGAUUCGAUACCAGACUCACUUAGCAAGUUAGCUAGCCUAGUGACACUAGAUUUGUCUGACAACUCUCUUUCUGGAACAAUACCGAAUUCCUUGGCCAGACUCACUUACCUUAGGAACUUGAACUUUUCAUUUAACAAGCUCGAAGGUCAGAUACCAACAGGUGGUAUUUUCUCAAAUAUUACUCUUGACUCUUUGAUGGGGAAUGUAGCUCUUUGUGGUCUACCGCAUCUAGGAUUCUCACCAUGUGCAAGAUACUCUCGCUCGACGAAAUUCCAUAUCCUGAAAUAUGUUCUUCCUAGUAUCAUGGCAUUUGUUAUUGCCACCAUUUUCUUGUCACUAAUCUUCAAAGCAAAAUUUAAGACACCAAAGGAGGGAUCUACUCAGCCCCCUAUGAUGGCUGAUGCUGUCAACAACAUGUUUGUAUCAUACCAUGAGAUCAUUCGUGCUACUAGAAAUUUCAGUGGGGAGAACCUUAUCGGUGUUGGCGGCUUUGGGAAAGUUUUCAAGGGCCAACUGAGUGAUGGAUUAAUGGUUGCAAUUAAAGUCCUUAACCUGGAAUCUGAGCGGGCCUCUAAGAGCUUCGACGUUGAGUGCCAAGCAUUGCGCAUGGCUAGACACCGCAACUUGGUGAGGAUAAUUAGCACUUAUUCCAAUCCUGAUUUCAAAGCAUUGGUUCUUCAAUACAUGUGCAAUGGGAGCCUAGAAACACUUUUGCACUCAGGAGGCAGGCCAAACUUGGGGUUUCUAAAGAGGCUAGACAUAAUUUUGGACGUGGCAAUGGCACUGGAAUACCUACAUCACCAUCACUCUGAUGUGAUCUUGCAUUGCGACUUGAAACCGAGCAAUGUCCUGCUUGACGAGGAGUUCAUCGGGCAUCUCGCGGAUUUUAGUAUUGCAAAAAUGUUGCUAGGGGAUGAAACCUCCGUUAUAUCUGCGAGCAUGCCAGGGACAAUCGGCUACAUGGCUCCAGAGUAUGGGUCAAUAGGAAAAGCAUCACGAAAGAGCGACGUAUUCAGCUACGGGAUCAUGUUGCUCGAGGUCUUCACCGGGAAGAGGCCUACAGACCCCAAGUUCGUUGGAGAGCUAAGCCUGAGGCAGUGGGUUCUGGAUGCAUUUCCAACUCGGAUUGCUGAGGUUAUCGACCCUGUCCUGCUGCAAGAGGAGAAAGCAUAUGGUUUCGGUGCCAUGGGUACAUGCUCCAAUGCUGGCUCCACCUCUACUAACACGCUGGACAGAUGCAUGGUGUCAAUGGUGGAGCUGGGCUUGCUGUGCUCCAGUGAGUCGCCUGACAUCAGGAUUCCGAUGAACGAGGUGGUCAACAAGCUGAAAAAGAUCAGGACAGGUUACAAUUCCCUGUCUGAUGAGUAAUGAACAGGUUACUACAUCUACUGAUCGAUGACCCUUGCUCUGUCUGUUCCCCUUCAGUAAUCGCCGUUUCCUCAUCUUGG